AUGAGACGAGUAACGCGCAGCGUGCAUCUGCCAGAUGCUUCAAUCACACGGCUUCCAAGCCCAACCUGUGCAUGCGUCGUGCAGCAGUCGCAAAGGCCCCGAGUCAUUGCCUCGUCGAACAUCGAAGCACCAUAUUCACAAAAGCGAUGUAUAGGUCAGAGGUAUCUUAAACGCAUGGCGGAUGCCCAGGAACAAUGGAAAGGGUUCGCUGCGGAGAUCAAAGCUGGGAAGCGGAAAGCCUUCCUGGACCACCUGGAAGAACGUGGGCUUGUCAAUCAGGUUGUUGGGGAACGAGAACUCCUUGACAAAAUCUUGACGGAGAAGAGAACGGGGUUAUACACUGGUGUUGACCCAACAGCGCCAUCGCUUCAUAUCGGGCAUAUGCUGCCAAUUAUGCUCGGGGGUGCCACUGCAAAAUUUGGCGACCCUACUGGUCGACUUGGGCCUCGAGAGACUCAACAUCGAACUGUGAGGACGGCGAACAUGGCCGCAAUGCAUAUGCAAUUGAAAAGAAUCAGCAGCAGCAUUGAGAGCUAUGGUAGACGCCAUGGCUUUGAGAGAGAAUGGGUGUGGAGACGAGCUCUUACAAACAACAAUGCUUGGUGGAAUAAAACGCCUUUUAUCACCGUAUUACGAGAUUUGGGCAUGCACAUGAGACUAGGCCCCAUGCUAGGAAGGGACACCGUCAAGACUCGCCUCGAAGGUCAGGGCAUGUCAUUUGCCGAAUUUGCUUACCCUCUCAUGCAGGCAUGGGACUGGUUUAUGUUGUUUAAGCUAGGGGUGCAGGUCCAGGUGGGAGGUGCUGACCAAUAUGGGAAUAUUCUCUUUGGCAUGGACGCCGUCAAACAGCUCUCUAAAAACACAGCAAUAGAGCUUGAUCGAAGGGACGUCGAGACAGAAGUGAACAGACCCAUCGGUCUUACCACCCCGCUACUCACUACUUCGUCUGGCGCAAAGUUUGGAAAAUCGGCAGGAAAUGCAGUCUGGCUUGACAAGGACUUGACCUCCACAUUCGAGCUCUAUCAGUUUUUCGUACGAACGCCAGAUGAUCAAGUAGAACGGUAUCUGAAGAUGUUUACUUUCUUGCCGCUGGAACAAAUUGCGGAGCUCAUGGAGGAGCAGAGACAAGAUCCAUCGAAGCGGGUGGCACAACACCGGCUUGCCCAAGAAUUUGUUGACAUUGUUCAUGGACCAGUGGAGGCACAAGCUGCAGCUACACAGCAUCGCCAGCUUUUCCGACCCCGUUCAUCCACCUCAGAACCAACACCGCCACCAACACGGCCUUCCAACGCACCCGCGAAUUCUCCCACGGCCAGCUUUAUAAACAGGGGAGCCGGCAACAAACAAGCCCCUAUUGUGAACUACGCUAACAUGGAAUCGAACCGGAUCUCUCUCCCUCGAUCCCUUGUGCUCGAGCAGCCUCUGAACAAGGUCCUUUACAACGCUGGCCUGGUCUCGUCCAACAGCGAGGGUCAUCGUCUGAUUGUCGGCCGAGGAGUGUCUAUAGGUAGCCGACCCGGAGAUUCAGGAGUCAUGACCGAUUCUUUGAACUUCACUCCUAUCCAAACGUGGGUUCCUGCUAAGACGGCCGACUUCUUAAUUGAGGGCAAGCUAUUGAUCAUCAGAAUCGGCAAGUGGAAGCUCAGAAUAAUCGACGUUGUCGACGACGCAGAGUUCGAGGACAAAGGCCUCGAUGCACCUGGUUGGCAGGAAUUCAAGAAGAAUAAGGCAGAGGGCAAGAAAGACGACGAUCCAAUCACCCAGCAAUACUUCAAGGUAAAAAUUAGGAGGGUCCCAUUGCCCAGUCCACCGCGUGACGAAGAUUGA